CGACAAAAAUGUUUUACAUCUGAUUACGAUCCAAUGCAAGUGAACGCACCAUCACAAUGAGGAAGUGAGGUAAGACUGACGUAAUUGUCGUCAUUCAAGAUGGCAGCCCUGGCGUCCUUGAUACCCAAGUGCAGAGCAGGUCUGCUUGUACCAGCUCAGUGCUCUCGAUUGGACUCUGUGAGGUUUGCGUCAAAGAAGUCCGGUGGAAGCAGUAAAAACACAGGGGGAAAGAGCCCUGGAAAGCGAUAUGGCUUCAAGAAACAAGAUGGGAACUUUGUACAUAGUGGCAACAUCUUGGCUACUCAGAGACUAAUGCGGUAUCACCCCGGAGCUCAUGUUGGGAUGGGGACCAAUAAGACACUGUAUGCUCUGGAAGAUGGUCACGUCCGAUUCACAAAGGAAGUUUACGUUCCACCACCACGCUCCCCGGAAACUACACGGGUCAUCACCAAGCUGCCGAAGGGAGCAGUUCUCUACAAGACCUUCAUCAAUGUCGUGCCGCUGAAGCAGGAAGGCAAAUUUAAACUGGUGGAGCUGGUGUGAUCUUAGAGUCAGUCUUGUAUCUCAUAUGUCCAAAUGCAAUGAGACAAUACUGACUCAACCCCAGCAGCAUCUUUCUGAUAUUGGUGGUUAAUGUUUUUGGACUUCACCUGUAAAUGUCAUAUGGUAUUCAGUUGUAAUACAGAUUUCUGUUGGCCACAGUGGAUUAUUUUAUGUCAUUUUCUGAAUUAUUUUGAACAAUAAAUAAAA